UGUUUAGUAAAUAAACCUAUCACCAUUCCUUUGGAUGCCUCACUUCCCAGCUUGGGGACACUGGGAACAGUAUAAAAGUUGCUGGAUCUCACAGUGCUUCAUUCGCUCAGCUUUCCUCUAUCGUACACGUCGUCAGAACCAAGAAGGGGUCACUGCUCAAAGAUGUGCUCCAGACAGACCUCCGGAGGCUGCCAUGAAACAUCCUCCCAGUCCCACGGAUGCCACAGCGGAGGCUCCUCCUGCUGUGGGGGCAGCUCCUCCAGCCACCAGGCCCAGGGCUCCUCCUGCUGCGGGGGCUCAGGCUCGGGCAGCUACGGCGGGAACAGCUGGGGCUCUGGCAAGAUCAUUGUCAGCUCUGGUGGUGGAGGAGGUGGAUCCUGCUGCAGUGGGGGCUCCUCAGGCUACGGCAUGGGCGGAGGAUCCAGUGUGGGAGGAGGAUCCAGUGGUGGAAGUGGUGGAUCAGGCCAGAAGAUCGUUGUGAGCUCAGGUGGUGGAGGAGGUGGCUCAUGCAGCUGCCACAGCGGAGGAUCCAGUGGUGGGUCUUCAGGAGGCAAGAUCAUAAUUGUAGGUGGAGGUAGUGGAGGUAGUGGAGGAUCAUCUGGAUGCUGCAGUGGGGGAUCCUCAGGCUAUGGCAUGGGAGGAGGAUCCAGUGGUGGGUCUUCAGGAUCAAAGAGCAUAAUUGGAGGUGGAAGUAGCGGAGGUUCUUCUGGAUACUGCAGUGGGGGAUCCUCAGGCUACGGCAUGGGAGGAGGAUCCAGUGGUGGGUCUUCAGGAUCAAAAAGCAUAAUUGGAGGUGGAAGCAGUGGAGGAUCCUCAGGCUACGGCAUGGGAGGAGGAUCCAGCGGUGGGUCUUCAGGAUCAAAGAGCAUAAUUGGAGGUGGAAGCAGUGGAGGAUCAUCCGGAUACUGCAGUGGGGGAUCCUCAGGCUACGGCAUGGGAGGAGGAUCCAGUGGUGGGUCUUCAGGAUCAAAGAGCAUAAUUGGAGGUGGAAGCAGUGGAGGAUCAUCCGGAUGCUGCAGUGGGGGAUCCUCAGGCUAUGGCAUGGGAGGAGGAUCCAGUGGUGGGUCUUCAGGAUCAAAAAGCAUAAUUGGAGGUGGAAGCAGUGGAGGAUCCUCAGGCUACGGCAUGGGAGGAGGAUCCAGCAGUGGGUCUUCAGGAUCAAAGAGCAUAAUUGGAGGUGGAAGCAGUGGAGGAUCAUCCGGAUACUGCAGUGGGGGAUCCUCAGGCUACGGCAUGGGAGGAGGAUCCAGUGGUGGGUCUUCAGGAUCAAAGAGUAUAAUUGUAGGUGGAAGCAGUGGAGGAUCAUCCGGAUACUGCAGUGGGGGAUCCUCAGGCUACGGCAUGGGAGGAGGAUCCAGUGGUGGGUCUUCAGGAUCAAAGAGCAUAAUUGGAGGUGGAAGUAGCGGAGGUUCUUCUGGAUACUGCAGUGGGGGAUCCUCAGGCUACGGCAUGGGAGGAGGAUCCAGUGGUGGGUCUUCAGGAUCAAAGAGUAUAAUUGGAGGUGGAAGCAGUGGAGGAUCAUCCGGAUACUGCAGUGGGGGAUCCUCAGGCUACGGCAUGGGAGGAGGAUCCAGUGGUGGGUCUUCUGGUGGCAAAAUCAUAAUUGUAGGUGGAAGCAGUGGAGGAUCCUCUGGAUGCUGCAGUGGGGGAUCCUCAGGCUAUGGCAUGGGAGGAGGAUCCAGUGGUGGGUCUUCAGGAUCGAAGAGCAUAAUUGGAGGUGGAAGUAGUGGAGGAUCCUCUGGAUACUGCAGUGGGGGAUCCUCAGGCUAUGGCAUGGGAGGAGGAUCCAGUGGUGGGUCUUCUGGUGGCAAGAUCGUAAUCGUAGGUGGAAGCAGUGGUGGUUCCUCUGGAUGCUGCAGUGGAGGAUCCAGUGGUGGUGGUUCCUCUGGCCACUCAAUCAUCAUCAGCUCCGGAGGGGGUAGUGGAGGGUCUGGCCAUUCCACACAGCAAAAAUGCCCCAUUGUCAUUCCCCACAUUGAGUCACAUCAGACCAAGCAGUCCUGCCACUGGCCCUCCAGCCACCACAAGUAAUGGCCACAGGUGGCCCUGGCACUCAGCAAGAACAACCCUGCCUCUGCCAUGUCACCUCUUCCCUCCAGACCCAGGUCCGUUAGCCUGUUUCCUCCCAGCAUGUCCUUUUCUCUUCCCUUGUUGCUGCAAACCAGUGCUGAGAACUCCAGGAUGAAGAGCUUCGUGCCCUGCUGCUGCUGUUGAGACUCCUUUAAUGAGGCUCUGCUACAUUUUCAAGGAGCAUUGUUGAUAUCUAAUAAAUGUAAUAGUCAAAAAGA